GACAUAUCACAGAUAACAUCAUCAUCUUGCAGGAAGUGGUUCACACUAUGUCUCUCACGAAGGGGGUCAAAGGUCAAAUGAUUCUUAAAAUUGACCUGGCCAAAGCUUAUGAUAGGAUUAAUUGGAAGUUCCUAGAAUCAACCUUGCAGGCGGCCGGUCUCCCUGAUGAUUUCGUCAAAUUGGUUAUGGCUUGUGUGACGACUGUUCGCUUUCAGGUGCUUUGGAAUGGUGGUUGUACUGAACCUUUCCAACCUACUAGGGGUCUUCGGCAGGGAUGUCCUCUUUCUCCUUAUCUCUUUACUUUAUGCAUUGAAAGAUUAAAUCACUGCAUCAAGGACUCAGUUGAUAGGAAAGCUUGGAGACCUAUUACUCUGUCCAAGGAUGGCCCUGCACUGACUCACCUAUUUUUUGCAGAUGAUUUGGUCUUAUUUGCGGAGGCGGAUCUAAAGCAAGGAGAAGAAGUCCUAACCUGCCUCAACCGGUUUUGUGAGGCCUCGGGGGAACAAGUUAGCAAAGACAAGUCAUGUGUCUUCUUCUCGAAAAACACCAUGGAGAGUGUGAAGAAACGUAUAAGCGACAUGUUGGGAAUCAAGCAAACCAACAACCUAGGGCGCUACUUGGGUGUUCCGGUCAUCCACGGCAGAGUCUCCAAAGACACCUACAAGUUCAUUUUGGAGAAGAUUGAUCAGCGGCUCUCGGGUUGGAAGGCGAGGAGUCUCUCUCUGGCAGGGAGAGUCACCUUGGCGACCUCGGUUCUUAAUGCCCUCCCGAACUAUGUUAUGCAAACGGCGGUGCUUCCUGUCUCUGUUUGCGACACCAUUGAUAGGAAAGUGAGAGCUUUUAUAUGGGGAGCAGAAGACGGAGCCUCCAAGACUCAUUUGGUUAAUUGGGAAACCAUAUGUAAACCAAAGGAGCUUGGCGGCCUGGGCAUGCGAUCUGCUAGAGCUCUCAACUUAUCCUACAUUAUGAAGCUCGGAUGGGCUUUCCUGAACAAGUCGGAGGAGCUUUGGAUCCGUGUCCUGCAAGGAAAGUACUUCAAAGUCAACGAUGCAGGGGCGUUGGUUAUGAAGAAAAGUAACCACUCAAGGCUUUGGAAAGGAAUUGUUGAUACUUGGCCUAUCCUUAAACAGCAAGUUGUGUGGGACAUUCGAGAAGGUCACAAUGUCCAAUUUUGGAUGGAUCCUUGGCUUGCCGAGGGAACGAUCUUGAGUGAGCAUAUCAUAGGCAAUGGCGAGGGAAUCAACUGGCAUGCCACCGUUGCUGAGAUGGUUACCAUUGAAGGUGAGUGGAAGUGGGAGGAUUUGGCGCCUCACCUGACUCAGAAUUUGCUUGCCUUGAUUGCAGGUACGGACCCUCCCAGGCCGGGAUUGGGCGAAGACAUUACUGCGUGGGGUAUGGAGCCAGACGGAAAGUUCAAGCUGCGUUCAGCUUAUUCCGCGGCUGUAGAAUGGUUGAGCGACGAGGAGUGGGAGACGGAGGAGGCGAACAAUCACCACCACUGGAAGCGACUCUGGAAAUGGGCGGGCCCGAACCGUAUUAAACAUUUUUUGUGGUUGGUUUUUCAUGACAGGCUAAUGACGAAUGCCCAGCGCAAGAGGAGGAAACUGACGACGGACGAUACAUGCCCGAUGUGCAGAAACGGACCGGAAACUACCGAACACAUUAUGCGCCACUGUUCGGGUUCAAUACAGGUAUGGCAUAGGUUGGGUAUUCAGGAGACAACUCUAACUUGCGGCCUUGGGUUUGCAGAUUGGUUUGAUGAACAUCUCAAGAGAGAUCAAGAAGGGCUUUUGUUUGGAGUGGCAGCUUGGUAUCUAUGGAAAAGACGCAAUGAGAAGGUCUUUCACAACCUGACCCAGGAGGAUCAGGUCUUGGCGCAACGCAUUGGAUGUUGGACGUCAACUAUCAGGCAAGCCCAGGAAAAUGACACUGCUUCACAUAAAGAAGCAACCAGGAAGACUACUCAAAAGCUCGCUUGGAGUCCGCCACCACAGGAUUGGAUGUGUGUCAAUACCGACGGUUCAGAGAAGCAGCCAGGAUCGGAAGCAGCAGGGGGUGGGAUCAUCCGGGACUGGAUGGGGAAAUGUAUGGGUGCCUUUGUGGAAAACCUCGGUGUAUGUACGAUUACCCGAGCGGAGAUUAUGGCGGCCAUUCGAGGCUUGCAAAUGGCGUGGAAGAACGGGUACAGGAAAGUCCUCCUCCAAUUGGAUUCUACUACUGCCAUCAACAUCCUUACCUCGCAGGAUCAAAUAGAGCACAGGUACCAUAAUCUGGUUCUUCAGUUUCAGAGAUUGCUUCAGCAGAACUGGGAAGUCAAAAUUUCCCACAUUUAUAGAGAAGGUAACAAAGUGGCAGACUUUCUAGCUAAUAAAGGCCACUCAGCUAGUAUAGGUUUCCAUAUUUUUGAAAGUGCAGACCCGGGUCUGAACUUCUGGAUUUUGUAUGACGUUUUGGGGAUUACCCAAAACCGGUUAAUUUAAGUAUCAGGCAGGGGCGCCCUUUUAGCGUCCCAUUUUCUACCAAAAAAAGAAAAAAAAAGAGAUAAACCCUUUUCUCAUAU